AUGUCGUGCGAGCAUUUAAAUGAGCGCCUGGGAAGCAACAAAGAUGUCGGUGUCUUGCUAGAAGAAACCGGCUCGGAGAUCCAGCGGAUAGCUAACGUGCACAUUGAUGAGCUACAGGAACUUAUCGCGGGCAGGGAUUUCGCCUUGUCCAAAUUCCCAAGGACUUUGACCGUCCUCAAGGAUAUUGACUCAUCCUUAGGCCAAAUAAUCGAGCUAUCCGACGACGUCUGUGGCGCCCACUCGCUGAAAACAAAACUGAAUUCGCUGGAGAAUUCCUUGGUUGUGUUGCAGAGAGCGGAGAAAUUGUUGCAAACGGCGAAAGACUUCGAUAAGAAUGUCCACGCUCUGGAACAAAUGCGCGAUAGGGUGAAGGAAACAUGCGCAGCGGGGGAGGCGACAGCGGCUAUCACUUUAUUCGUUCAAGGAAUUCCUUUGCUGAACUGGUGGCACCACUGCUACACCGACAAGGGAGCCGUCGCCACUCUGGGACUCUGGCGGUUUCCCAAGGUGCAUCGAGCCGAGGAAGAGCUCAAGACUACAAUCGAAGGGUUAAUUCGAGACAAUUUGGUGCUAAUGAUUGAACGCGACUGCGGUCCGAUUAAAAAGCUCUUACAAGCGCUGCCCGAAUGUCCUUCUAUAGGCGGUAGAUUCGAUCAAUUGCUAUUGGAGACUUUAUUAGGUCAUUUUAUUAGUGUGUGCACACACAAUCCGUUUGUCGCAGAAGGUGUCCGAAAUACGUUGGAGGAUAUUUUGAACCUUCCAUUGCGCCGGGAAUUGAUCCAGAGUCUUAUUACCAAGCUUCUGUCGCAUGUUGUGGUACGUAAUUGCGCACAAGAUAUUUCUCUAAUACAAUCCACGUUGAUCGCAGCAAUGGUGACUAUCCAAAAACAUGAUUCGUUGAUGGACCCGGGUUGUGACGCCAGUGAGAGCGAUACAGAGGAAACCAAAGCAUAUGAAGAUGAUUGUAUCAUAGUGGACUGGAAGAGUCUGCGGACCCAACAUGCGCUCCGUAUGAAGGGCGAGUCGAAGACGGGAGGCGAGACUGGCGCGCCAGAGACAAAUGCGGAUCUGAAUACAAAGGGUGGUCAGGAUUGGAUUCGACUGACAGUGGCCUUCAAUCAACGUUUAUUCUUGCGGAACUUCGAGGCUAGUCUGCAACAAUUUCCUCUGACGAUUACCGCCACUUUGCACGCCAUUCAGAAUGCGCACAAGUCUGGCGCCAAUGCGCCAAAGUCUUCACUGGGUACCAGUCAAUCACCAGGUACAAUAUAUGGUAGGAAUAUGAACAAUGGUGGGGCAAAUUCAGUGAAGUACUUGAGCAACCUCUUCACUAAAGAAUUACCCAAUGUGGUUAACAGCAUAUCCAAUUUGGGCGAUCUUGCCGCCACACUAGAUUUCGACGAACUACGGCCGGGUCUCGAAGAUAUUCUUAAUAAAAUGAUAUCAGAUAUAGAGAAGAAUGUCUUUCAUACAUGGAACACAACUUUUCAGGACGACUUUGUUGGGGGUCUUGAAUUCCUGAGAAUGCUAUACCACAUAGAACACGAAAUCCUUCCGGGUAUAGCACAAGCUCUAACCAGUUUCCAAGAGCCGAAUGAGAUGGACAUAUUAGCACAGGUGAUACCAAAUUUGACGGCAAUAGUUAAAUUGGCGGAAAGUGUAUGCCGGAACUCUGUACGCUGCGAAUAUGUUGAUAUACUACGGUUAUUUCCUGGCCAGGAUAAGAACAAGGGUCCGACCCCCGCAGAACAAGCUGCAAGUUUCACUAUGGAUAUGUUCAGACUGCUGUUUGAAGAUGCAUCCGAAGAAGCAUAUGUAGAGAAAACCAUUCUACUCUACAUUCUUCUCGAUCUUCUCACAUCUUACGAUAACUUCAUACGAAAAUUACCGGAGGAUGCGGACCAUGCCACUGUACAUGACGGCAUUUACGCUAUAUUGUCUUUGGUUGAUUCUUUGUUGAUCGAUGAUUUCGAGGAGUCCAAGGAGGAGACACUCCGGAUGUACAAGCAACUUUAUUCCGUUGCCUCGAAGCUGAAUUGCCCGACGACCCUGGACAAGUUGCAAUACCAUCCGUCGGACCUGGAACUGCAAAACCUCGUCCCGUACAGAUUUUUACCUUUCGUGGAUGGCGUUGAAUAG